GUGCAGUGUCACACAUGAAAACAUCAGCAUCUUCCGCAGCUAGUUGUUAGAUAGCUUUCCUGCUGCCUACCUAUAACUUUUAUUUACGUUUUCUGUGCAGCAUUGCAAAGUUGUAUGGCACGCACCAUAGUUGAUUAGUGCAAUUGGAAGUGUUCCGGAUAGAGAUAGGGUGCACCAAGCGGGGUGGAAUUUCUCCAAAUUCAAACAAUUUAGCUGUAAAUUAUCGUUUACAAUGGCGUCACCUUUCCGCUACACACAUGCAAUUACCUGCAGAAUUCCGUUGUCCCUUCGCACUCGGGGUGAGAUCGAUCUUGAAGAGGCUAAACUUCAGCACGAGGCGUACGUGAGGCUUUUACGGGACAUUGGAUUGGACGUGCUAGAACUGCCACCAGAUGAGAACCUUCCGGAGUGUCCUUACGUAGAAGACUGCGCGGUAGUGUGUAAUGGCAUUGCUCUGAUCUGUAGACCAGGCGAUCCUAAUCGAUUGAAAGAGGUGGAAGCGGUCCGUUCGGUGCUGCGCAAGGAACUGGAUCUUCCGUUGGCUGAAAUUGCCGACCAAAAUGCACGGCUAGAUGGCGGUGAUGUGCUCUUUACCGGGCGGGAGUUCUUCGUGGGACUCAGCAAAUGGACCAAUGAAGCCGGCGCUAGGGCUGUGGCGGCGGCAUUCCCCGAGUAUCCCUGCGUGCCGAUCAAGGUAGAAGACGUUCCCAUUCCUGCAGGUCCGAUCACUUUGGAACUAGUCGUCAAUGGCGUAAUUCAGGUGACAGAACACCGGCACCUCAAGUACUAUGUAACGAUGGCCGGCACCGAUGUGCUGUGCGUCAGCCGGAGCAAGGAAUCGCAGGAAAUCCUGAAGCGAAUCGAGCGGGAAGCCACCUACACCUACAGCACGCUCACCCUUCAGGAAGAACAGUCAGCCAAUGUGCUCUUUGUGAAUGGAACGCUGAUUCACCGAACGAGCGAAGAGAUCCCCCAGUCGGCAAUGAUCCUAUCGCAAAAGCUAGACAUUCCCCGCCAAACGGUGCCAAUGUCCGAAUUAGGCAAAUUCUCCAGCGGUCUUUCAUCCUGCUGCAUUCUGGUCAAACGUUCUCGGCACAUCAAGAAUCUCUAAGAACAGAACAAGGAAAUUCGGGUUUCCGCUUGUUGCGUGUUUUAUUUUCCACUAAUUUUAUUUUGUGUGUAAUAUUUAACUGUAUUUAUUGUAUUUUUUCGUCAAUAGUGCUGGUGCAAACAAAAUUUUUAGGGUGUUUAUUUUUGUCGAGUCGAGGGAAAAAUUGUGGUUCCAUUUUAGUGUCAAUUUGUUGAAAGUAGCUGAAUUCGAGUUAGAAUCGUUUAUUGAUUCCAGUUCUUGCAUUCAUAAAGUGUAUUCUUACUAGCUUUAAAUAUUUGUUACUUUGAUCGGAUAUUAUUUGACUGAGAUUACUUCCGUAAAAGCUUUGAAUAACAUGAUGGAUUGAAAACUUUAUUAGAUCAUUUGCAGUGCCGAGGUAUCAUAUUAUUAAAAAGACAAGCUUUUAAUGAUGGUUUAUUAGAAGAAAAAGUUAAAAAAAAGCAAAACACACAAAAUAGGUUGUGAUUUCCCGAACUAAAGUAACAUACAUUUUACAGAACAUUUUUAACAAAAUCAACAAGAUAAAACCAGUUGCAUGUAUUCAAACGUUUGCCGGUUGAAAAAUUACAAACAUAAACGAUACUUUGUUUAAAUUAUCAAAAUUCAAGUCUUCGCCUUUCCGAACGUUUCCAAAUAAUCUGAAAUAGUUUUAUCGUUUCAUCCCAAAGUUUUACUGUGCUUAGUCUUUCAGCUGUAAUCUCUUCCAUCUCUCUCUCUCUUGUAACAGAUUAAGUGAAGAAAAACUGUUGUCGAAACAAAUAAAAAAAAACCUGUGCUUAGGAUUAAAAAUGUAUGACUCUACAAAACAUAAAUUGAAUAACAAGAGUCACCAAGUAGUUUAUCACAGUCUACAAAAAUGUGUAAGGUUAGGAAAGUUACGGAAUAAUAACCACAGAACAUUCACUAGGUAAUUAUUUACACAUUCGAUGCACUUGCAAACUUUACUGUAGUAGAGAACCGAACAAAUCGUGGGAAUUGAAAGCAAUUCUAUAACUUAUUUCAACUAAUAAAAAGAA